UACACGAGAGGCACCGUGACAGCUUUCUCUCCUUUCGAUGCCAAAGCUGAUGCAGAAGCUCUUCGUAAGGCCAUGAAGGGAAUGGGGACUGAUGAAGAAACUAUUCUGAAGAUCCUUACCAGCAGAAACAAUGCUCAGCGUCAGGAAAUUGCAUCUGCCUUUAAAAGCUUAUUUGGCAGGGAUCUCGUAGAUGACCUGAAAUCGGAACUUACCGGCAAAUUUGAAACACUGAUGGUAUCUUUGAUGAGACCAACAUAUAUUUUUGAUGCUCAUGCACUGAAGCAUGCCAUCAAGGGAGCGGGAACCAAUGAGAAAGUGUUGACUGAAAUUCUUGCCUCCAGAACACCCGCAGAAGUGCAGAAUAUUAAACAGGUUUAUCUGCAAGAAUAUGAGGCCAACUUGGAGGAUAAGAUCACAGGAGAAACAUCAGGCUAUUUUCAGAGACUGCUGGUGGUCCUGCUGCAGGCGAAUAGAGAUCCUGAUGGCAGAGUUGAUGAGGGCCUUGUUGAGCAGGAUGCUCAGGUUUUGUUUCGAGCUGGGGAGCUGAAAUGGGGAACAGAUGAAGAAAAGUUCAUCACCAUCCUGGGAACCCGAAGCGUUUCCCAUUUGAGGAGGGUGUUUGACAAAUACAUGACUAUUUCCGGCUUUCAAAUUGAGGAGACCAUUGACCGUGAAACCUCUGGUGAUUUGGAGAAGCUGCUUUUGGCAGUUGUGAAAUGCAUCCGAAGCGUGCCUGCCUAUUUUGCUGAGACUCUCUAUUAUUCCAUGAAGGGGGCUGGCACCGACGAUGAUACCCUGAUCAGAGUCAUGGUUUCAAGGAGUGAAAUUGAUCUGUUGGAUAUUAGACAAGAACUCAGAAAGAAUUUUGCGAAGUCCCUGCAUCAAAUGAUUCAGAAAGAUACAUCUGGGGACUACAGGAAAGCACUCCUGCUCCUCUGUGGUGGAGACGAUGACUAACGGUGACAGUGACACGAAGGAUUUGUACUCCGGCUUGCAGCCCUUUAGUUAGCAUGUCUAGCUAAGUCUUUGUAUCCUAACGCUUUGUGGCUGUUUAAAUUUAUACUAGUAUUGCACUUACUAUAAAUGAGCUUAUUGUUAUCC